UAUAAAUUAGAUCAGGAUGAUGAUUGUCUUGAUCGUAGUGAUGAAAUACAUUGUAGUGCAAGACAAUGUCCACCACAUAUGUAUCCAUGUAAUAUAACUGGUCAAUGUAUUGAUAUAACUAAAGUAUGUAAUCGUCAACCAGAUUGUAUUGAUGGUACAGAUGAAAGUCCACAAUGUGGUACUCAACUUUGUGGUGCAUUAUCAUGUGAAUAUGCAUGUCAACCAACACCGGAUGGUCGUGGUAAAUGUUAUUGUCCACUUGGAUUUCAAAUUAAUCCAACUAAUAAUCGUUCUUGUAUUGAUGUUAAUGAAUGUGAAAUUUGGGAUGAAUGUGAUCAAGAUUGUCAAAAUACAGUUGGAUCAUAUGUUUGUACUUGUCGAGCAAAUUAUACACUUGAAGCUGGCAAUCGAUGUAAACAUAUAAAUAGUAAAUAUUUGAUUUUAAAAACAAUUUACAAUGAUAAUAAUGAUAAUUAUCUUUUAUUAUGUUUAGGUGAUGAUAUGAAAAUGUUUGUAGCUAUAGCAAAUAAAAUCUAUGAAAUUGAUCGACUUCGUAAUGCACGAGUAAUUUAUACUGGUCCAGAAAAUAUGACUAUUUAUGCUGUUGAUUAUCAUUAUCGAAAUCGAUUACUUUAUUUUACUGAUGCAUAUGCACAUAAAAUUUUUUCAUUAUCAUUAUCAUCUCCAUCAUCAUCAGUAAGACUUGUUCUUGAAAAAAAUAUUCGUAUGCCAAUAUCAAUUGCUAUUGAUUGGAUAACAAAUAAAAUAUAUAUUGUUGAAUAUGAAUUAGCACGUAUUGAUUUGUUAUCAUUAGAUGGAAAAAUGAUGAAAACAAAUAUAAUUAUUAAUAAUCUUUAUCAACCAGUAUCAAUAGCUAUUGAUCCAAUAGCUGAAUAUUUAUUUGUUGCUGAUGAAGGUAAUUGGCAUCGAAUACCAGCAAAAAUCAAUCGAUGUCUUCUUGAUGGUAGACAAUGUACAAUAUUAAUUGAUCAAAAAUUAGAACAACCAAGUGAUUUAACAGUUGAUUUUAUUAAACGAAGAGUUUAUUGGGUUGAUCGAUCGUAUGAUCAUGUUGAAAGUUGUGAUUAUCAUGGAUCAAGAAGAAUAACAAUAACAUCCGGUAGUCAAAAUAUUCCAUUUACAGUUGGAAUUGAUUUAUUUGAAAAUAAUCUUUAUUUAACGGAUGAUGUGAAAGGCGCUGUAUUACAAGUUCGACGUCAUUUUAAUUCAAAUACAAGUUAUUUUUAUAAACCUGAAUCAUUUAUUCGACCACAAGGAAUAGCUAUUUAUCAUGAAACACGACAACCAAAUAGAACGGAUCCAUGUAAUGGAACAUAUAAUGGUGGCUGUGAACAUUUAUGUUUACUUGGAAGAGGUUAUUUAUUAGCAAAUAGUUAUCAAUGUCGAUGUCAAUCCGGUUUUAGAUUAAAAUCAGAUUUAAAAUCAUGUGAACCGGUGAAAGAUUUUCUUCUUUUAACACGAUUAACAUCUGUUCGUGGAAUUGAUUUUAAUCGUGAUUCAAAUGUUGAAGCUCGACCACCGAUUGUACCUGAUCGUCGAACUGCUAUAUCAGAUUCUGUAUUUGAUUAUGAAGAAAAAAUUGUUUAUUUUUAUUCUCAAAGAAGUCAAAUGAUUUAUUCAUCAAAAAUGGAUGGUGAAAAGCCAACACCAGUUACAACAUCAAAAGUAUUUCCAAUGGUUAGUGCUUUAGCAUAUGAUUGGUAUUCAAAAUUAAUUUAUAUGACAUCAAUAAGUGAAGGUCAACUUCUUGUUAUUCGUAUGAAUGGUAGAGAUUUUCCACAACGUACUCUUGUUAAUGCAACAACUGGUAUACAUGGUAUUGCUUUAGAUCCUUUUCAAGGAUAUGUAUUUUAUUCAACAAUUCUACGUCCAGCAAAAAUCUAUCGUAUGUUAUCUGAUGGAACAAAUCGUAUGAUAAUUAUUCCAAAUGAAUUGGGUACACCUUAUCAUUUAACAUGCGAUUAUUCAACGAAACGUCUUUAUUGGACUGAUGGUGCACUAUCACGUAUUCAAUAUUCGGAUUAUAAUGGUCGAAAUAAGCAAUCAUUAAGAGGACGAUACAUUUCACAUCCAUUUGGAAUUGCAAUUUAUGGAUCUCGUCUUUAUUUUACUGAUGCAACAUUAGAAAGUGUAUUUGAAAGUAGUAAAAUAUACAGUGGUUAUGCAUCACCUAUUCGAUCAAAUAUACCAUCGAUUACAACAGUUAAAGUUUAUGCAGAAUCAUCUCAACCAAUGAAUAUUACACAUCCAUGUCGAAGAAAUAAUGGUGAAUGUUCAGAUUUUUGUUUUCCAAGACAAGAUCAAGGUAUUUUAACACGAGUGUGUGGUUGUCGUUAUGGUCGAAAAUUAAAUACAAUCAAUAAUCAAGAAUGUGAUGAUAAUUCUCAAGCUGAACCAAGUCAAACAUCAUGUGAUGGACGUUUUCAAUGUCGAAAUGGUCGAUGUAUUCCAUUAAGUUAUAAAUGUGAUGGAGAUGAUGAUUGUCAUGAUAAUAGUGAUGAACAAAAUUGUCCAGCUGGAACACCAACAUGUGGAACAAAUCAAUUCCAAUGUCGAACUAGUCGUGUUUGUAUAAAUAAACAACUUGUUUGUGAUGGUUAUGCGCAUUGUAACGAUCGUUCAGAUGAAUCUAAUUGCAGUCAAACUUGUACGCAAAAUCAAUUCCGUUGUGCAACAGGAAAAUGUAUUCCUAAAUCAUGGAUAUGUGAUAAUGAAAAUGAUUGUGGUGAUUCGAGCGAUGAACAAAAUUGUCAAAAUAGAACAUGUGAUCCAUUGACACAAUUUGCUUGUCCUCAUACACCUGGUAAAUGUAUUCCGAAUGCAUGGAAGUGUGAUGGUCAAAAUGAUUGUGGUGAUAAUGCUGAUGAACUCGAUUGUCCACCGAUAUCUUGUGGUGCUGGACAAUUUCUAUGUACACGUGAUCGUACUUGUAUUAAUGCAACACGACGAUGUGAUGGUAUUGCUGAUUGUCAAUCAACGGAAGAUGAACAAAAUUGUAGUGGUACAAGACCAUCAUAUUGUCGAGUAGAUCAAUUUCGUUGUGGAUCAACUUGCAUACCAAAUUCUUGGCGUUGUGAUGGUCAUCGAGAUUGUGCCGAUGGAUCUGAUGAACCACCAAGUUGUGGUGCACGAAAUUGUUCAUCAAAUGAAUUUCGUUGUGUAUCAACGGGUGACUGUAUUCCGAAAGCAUGGAAAUGUGAUCAUGAUGAUGAUUGUCCAGAUGCUUCGGAUGAAGAUCCAGUACUAUGUCAGGGUGAACCUUUUCAAUGUCCAGAAAAUCAAAUGAGAUGUCCUGAUACAACAAUUCAUCAAUGUGUAAAUGUUACACAAGUUUGUGAUGGUAAACCUGAUUGUCCUGGUGGCGGUGAUGAAUCACCAUUAUGCAAUAAUGAUCAAUGUUCAAUUGAUAAUGGUGGUUGUAGUCAUACAUGUCAUCCAUCACCUUUUGGUGCUUUAUGUCUUUGUCAACCAGGUUUUCAUGUACGAAAUACAACAAAUUAUAAAAAAUGUGAAGAUAUUAAUGAAUGUACAGAAGAUCCGAAUACAUGCCAUCAAUAUUGUUUAAAUACAAAUGGAAGUUUUAUAUGUUCAUGUGCUGAAGGUUUUGUAUUGCAAUCAGAUGGACGUAGUUGUAAGAUUAUCAAUGCAACUGGUAUUCGUUUAUUAACUGCACGUCAAACAAUAAUGGAAUGGUAUUCACCAACAUUACAAACUUAUGGUCAAAUUAAUCUUGGUCCCGACAUGCGUUAUAUAGUUGCAUUUGAUGUUGAUAAUCGAACAAAUACAUAUUUCUGGGCUGAUUUCAUAACAAAUAUAAUCUAUACUCGUACGGAAAGAGCAAAUAAUUAUACUAAACUUAUUACAAGUGGUAAUAGUUUGAUAAUUGAUAUAGCAUUUGAUUGGAUUGGACGUAAUUUAUAUUGGACAGAUUACAUGCUUGAACAUGUUGAAGUUGCAACAAUGGAUGGCCGUCAUCGUCGAGUAUUAUAUCAUGAAAAUUUAACAAAUCCAUGGUCAAUUGUUGUUGAUCCACGUGCCGGUUUACGAUAUUUAUUUAUAACUGAUUGGGGUAAAAAUCCACGUAUUGAACGUGCUAGUAUGGAUGGUCAACAACGUGUUAGUAUAGUUAAUGAUUCAAUUGAAAUGCCAAUUGGUUUAACACUUGAUUUAAUACGUCAAGAAAUUUAUUUUACAGAUCAUCAUUUAAAUUUUAUUGAAGUUGUUAAUUAUAAUGGUGAAAAUCGACGAAAAAUUUUAGCUAAUACACAUUUUUUACAUGGACCAAUAUCAGUAAGUGUUUAUGAACAAUAUCUUUAUUGGUAUGAUUCAUAUUCAAAUCAAGUAAGACGUUUAAAUCGUUUUGAACAUGGUAUAAAAGCACAAAAACAUGAAAGAAUAAUAUCAAGAUCAGGAAUAUUUUCAAUGAAAAUGUCACAUCAAAUUUAUCAACCAUAUGAAACAAAUCCAUGUCAACAAUCUCGUUGUACACAAUUAUGUCUUCUUUCACAUGUUGCACCAUUAGGUUAUACAUGUUCAUGUUCAACUGGUUUUUAUCUUGAACAAGAUCAAAUUACAUGUUCAAAAGAUCGUUCACCAUUUAUUAUUUAUAUGAGACAUGAUACAAUUGGUGGUAUUAGUAUAAGACAUAAUCAAUCAUAUAUUGAUGAAAAUUCAAAUUAUGAUGAUUUAUGGGAACGUUUUGUUACUGUAACCGAUCUUCAUAAUGGUUAUGAAUUUGCAUUUGAUGAAGUUAAUGAAACAAUUUAUUGGACACAAGUUAACGGUUAUUUACCAGAUGGAACUGCUAAAUAUGAAAUUCGUCGAAUUAAUUUCGAUGGUACUAAUGAAACUGUUUUCUAUGGUGAUGAUGAAAUAUUAGUUGGUAUGGAAGCUGGUACAAUGCAAAUUGAUGCUGUUGGACGUAAUCUAUUUAUUGCUAAUAUUCGUCAUAGUCGAAUUGAUGCAAUAUCUUUAAAUGGUCUCUAUCAUACAAUAGUAUAUAGUAAUCAUGAAAAUGCUACAGGUAUAAUACGACCUAUAGCACUUGAUCUUGAUACAACAAAUGGUUUUGUUUAUUGGAUUGAUCUUGGUGGUGAUCAAAUUCCAAUGAAAAUAGGUCGUGUUCGUUUUGAUGGAAAAUAUUCUGAAAAUAUUAUUGUUGAUAAUCUUUUACAACCAAAUUAUAUUGUUUUUAAUCUUGAUCUUCAUUGUGUAUUUUGGAGUGAUUUUGGUUUACAAAGAAUUUCAUAUCAUUGCAUGGAUUCAGGCGAUACAAAAGUACUUGAUGUUGAAGUAAAUCAUCCACGUGGUUUUGAUUUUCUUACACAUUUAUAUUCUUCAACAUCAUCAAGAUCAACUAAUGAAAAUGAUGAUGUAACAUCGACACAUUAUUCAUUAUUUUUUGUUGAUAAAGAAUAUGAAGGUGUUUAUAAAAAAUGGUUUGAUUAUCGUUUAAAUCCUAUAUCAGAUGUUAUACCUGUACGAACAAAUCAAGAAGAUCCAAGACAAGUUCGUGCUUAUCCACGUUAUGAAGCUUUCAAUCCAAAUUGUUAUUAUGGUUCAUAUUGUGAACAAAUUUGUUUUCAAAUUGAUGCUAAUCAUAAUAGUAUGCCAACAUGUGAUUGUGCUAUUGGAUAUAAAUUAAAUAGUGAUGGACGAACAUGUUCACCUAGAAGUGAACAAUAUAUUGUUUAUAGUACACAUGCAUUAUUAAGAGCAUUUGAUUAUCGAUCAAAUGAUUCAGCAAGAGAAGAUGUUAUGCCAUUAAUUCCUGGUAAUAAUAUGGAAAUGUUAACAGCUCGAUAUUCGAAUCGUGAAUUAUAUUGGAUAGAUGGAAAUCGUUUAAUUCGUCGUGCAAUUUGGACAAAUAAUCGAAUAUGGAAUAUAACAAAUUAUCUUCAAAUAAGUGUUGGAUCACAAAGAAAUUUUAUUCUUGGUCUUACACUUGAUUGGAUAGCUGGAAAUUUAUAUUUUUCUUAUGUAACAAAUUCUUAUGGUCAUUUAGAAGUUAAUCGUCUUGGUACAGAUCAUCGAUUAAUUUUACGAAAAGGAACAAAUGAAACAAUUUAUGCUAUUGCUGUUAAUCCAAAACGAAGAUUUCUUUAUUGGUGUGAUCGUGGUCAACGUGUUCGUAUUGUUCGUUCAUUACUCAAUGGUCAAAAUGUAACAUAUAUUGUAACAGCACAAAUUAUUCGACCAGAAUCAAUAACAAUUGAUUUUCUUACUGAUGAUGUUUAUUGGUCGGAUGCAAUACGUGAUACAGUUGAAGCUAUAUCAUGGGAUGGAAGAAAUCGUCGAACAGUUUCACGUAAUAUUCCAAAAGCAAUUAGUCUACUUAUUGCAAAUAAUGAUUUAUAUAUAAUGGAUCGAGCAUUUUCAUCGAUAAUGCGUAUUAAUAAAACUGUUAGUAAUAUGACACAACGUUUAGAAUCAGUAUUAACAUUAAAAACAUAUGAAGUUGGUGGUAUGACAUUAUUUGAUGAACAACCUAAUUUUGAAUCACCAUGUCAAACAUCAACAACACAACAACGUUUUUGUGAAGAUCUUUGUUUUGCUAUGCCUGAUACAAGUAUACCACAAUGUGCAUGUGCAUAUGGAACAUUAAAUAUGGAUCGACGAACUUGUGCACCACCAAAUGAAUAUUUACUUGUUGCAAUUGAAAGAGAAAUUCGUUCAAUGUCAAUGGAACCACAUGGUUCAUCAACAAGUGCACCAUGGCGUGCAAUUACAAAUUUAAGAUUAGUAGUUGGAGUUGAUUUUGAUUAUCGAGAUAGGAAAAUAUUUUAUACGGAUUAUGUUUUACAAGAUAUAUUUUCAUUUGAUAUGGAUGAUCCAAAUCCAAAUGCACGACAAUUAAUACAAACAAAUGUUACUGGUCGUUCACAACCUAUUGGUAUAGCAUAUGAUUGGGUAUCGGAUCGUUUAUAUUGGACAGAUGAACGAUAUGGAAGAAUAAUUUCGGCAAGAAAUAAUGGUUCAGAAAGAUUAGUUAUAGCUGGUAGUUCACGACCAAGAGGAAUUGUUGUUCAUCCAUGCAAAGGAUUAUUAUUUUGGUCAGAUGUUGGUUAUUAUCCAUCAAUUCGUCGUUCGACAUUAACUGGAAGACAAGUAACUUAUAUUGUUACAACUAAUAUAAGAUGGCCAAAUGGUUUAACAAUUGAUUUUGAUGAUGAUCGUAUUUAUUGGGCAGAUGCUUGGUUUGAUCGUAUUGAACGUGCAGAAUUCGAUGGUACAAAUCGACAAGUUAUUUUAACAGUUGUUCAUCCAUUUGCAAUAACUGUUCAUGAACAUUAUAUUUAUUGGACUGAUUGGGUUCUUCGUGGUAUUUAUCGUGCUGAAAAAUAUACUGGUGCUAAUAUGGUUGAAAUGCAAAAUGAUCUUCCAUACCGUCCAAUGGAUAUUCAUGUUGUAUCUGAUCAACGUCAAAAAUGUUCUUAUUCACCAUGUAAUAUAAGUAAUGGUGGUUGUAGUCAUAUAUGUAAAACAGCAGGUGAUAAUCAAGUUGAAUGUGCUUGUCCUAGUGGACGACAAUUAAAAUUAGCUAAUGAUCGACGAAUGUGUGUUCCAUUAUCAUCAUCAUGUGCUUCAGUUAAUUUUACUUGUCAAAAUGGUCAAUGUUUAUCAAGACGAAAAGUUUGUGAUGGUCAAUCAGAUUGUUCUGAUGGUUCAGAUGAAGAUUCAAGAUUUUGUUCACGGUAUGCUUGUCGACCAACUGAAUAUCGAUGUUUAAGCGGUGGAUGUAUUCCAUAUAUUGAACGAUGUGAUCGAAAAAUCGAUUGUAAUGAUGGUAGUGAUGAAAAUAAUGCAUUUCAACCAUGUGUAUAUCCUCAAUGUCCUGAAGGACAAUUUACAUGUUAUAAUUUUCGUUGUAUUGAUAACUUUAAACGUUGUAAUGGAUAUGAUGAUUGUAAUGAUGGUAAUGCAACUGAUGAAAUCGGUUGUCCAUCUCGUAUUUGUAAUGGAACAAAUAGUAUGAAAUGUCCAAAUAAUAAUAUUUGUAUUCAAAAAACUUAUUUAUGUGAUGGUGAUAAUGAUUGUGGUGAUAAUAGUGAUGAAAGUCCAAUUUUUUGUCAUAGUAUUGAAUGCAAUACAACGGAAUUUCGAUGUGGAAAUGGUCGUUGUAUACCAUAUUCAUGGGUAUGUGAUGGUCAACGAGAUUGUAUAAAUGGUACUGAUGAACCAUCUGAUUGUCGUUUAUCAAAUCGAACAUGUCCAGUUGGUCUUUGGAAAUGUGAUAAUGGUCGAUGUAUUAGUCCAGAACAACGAUGUAAUGGUAUUGAUGAUUGCCGAGAUGGAAGUGAUGAAGAUGAACGACAUAAUUGUGCUGAAAUGCCUUGUAGUUCAACACAAUUUCGUUGUCCAUCAGGUUUAAGAAAUAAUCCACGUUUAAGAUGUCUUGAUCGAUCAGCUAUUUGUAAUGGUGUUCCAAAUUGUAUGCGUGGAGAAGAUGAAGCUAAUUGUACAAGACGUAAUUGUUCAUCAUACCAAUUUCAAUGUGCUAAUGGUCUUUGUGUACCACGUUCAUAUGUUUGUGAUCAUGAUAAUGAUUGCGGAGAUGGAUCAGAUGAACCAGCUUCAUGUGUAUAUCGAAACUGUACUAAUACAGAAUAUCGAUGUGAAAAUGGACGAUGUGUACCAAGAUCAGCGACAUGUAAUGGAUAGUACGUAAUAUAUAUAUAUAUA